AUGGCCAAUCAUUCUCGAACAUUCGAGCAUGGUAUCACAGAUGAUUAUAUUGGCAAUAUACUUGUGGAAAUAUGGAUUCAUCGAGUCAAGGUUAAUCGACAUGAUGCAAAUGAGCCAUAUUUCAACUCUGACCCGGCUAUACCGAUCGACAUCCAGGACCCAGGUCUCAACAUACAAGGACUUGAAGCAUCCGAGAGCUUUGUCACGGACCCAGAUCCUCUACAGCAACAACCCACAGGGCCUUGGGCCCCAGCUUCAGCAUCUUCCUCAUCAGGAAAUCUAUUGUCUACAGAUUUGGUCACUGCCAUUGACGUAUCGCAGCCCUAG